AUGGUGAAAACCAUCUACAUCACCCGACACGGGUUCCGAGCCAACUGGCUGACCGACCAGCCCAUUCCCCCGUCUCCCACCGGUAUCGAGAGUGAUCCUGCUCUUGCUGAGAAGGGAGUUGUCCAGGCCAAGGAGCUAGGUGAAUAUCUCAAGGACAUCAAGCCUCCCAUUCAGCGUAUCUAUGCUUCUCCUUUCUACAGAUGUAUCGAGACUGCGACUCCGACCGCCGAUCAUCUUGAUCUUGCGAUCUACCCCGAGGGAGGUUGCGGAGAAUGGUUCAAGCGAGAGAGAAGCUCGCACCCCAAGCCUGCGAGUAACGCUGUUCUCAAGGGUUUUUUCCCCCGAGUCGACAAGAAUUACAACAGCCUAGUGGUUGCUGGAGACGACGGAGAAGAUGAGGCUGAACUGCACGAGCGAACCAAGCGGUUUCUCAACGUGUUGAUCGAGAAGCUCAACAAGGAGGAGCCCGAAAUCGAGACUAUUCUCAUUGUAUCUCACGCUGCUCCCCGAAUUGCGCUUGGGCGAGCCCUAGUGGGUGACAAUUCCUUGGACAUUCGAACUGGUGUGUGUUCCUUGGACACCUUCGAGGUUGACAAAGAGGGAGGACUCUGUGGAGAAUGGAAGUUGAAGUCCUCUGGGCAGGUGGACUACCUGAGUGAGGGAGAAGUUAUGCAUUGGGGCUUUGACGUUCCUUUCGAUCCUGGAUCAGAGGAAGAUAUCAAGGCCCGAAAGGCUGCUGCCGAGGCUUCUGCUGCUGCUGCUGCUGAAGGCGAAUCCGACACAGUAUCUGUUUUCAUUCCCCUGAACGUUCCUCCCAUGUCCCGCAAGGCCGGGGCUUCUAGCAAGGUGUCUUCCAACGCACCAGUUCAGAUCUCUGGUCUCACUGAAGACAGGCCCUUCGUUAAGAUCGGUGACAGUGCCUACGAGGGUCAAUGGACCGAGCUGGUGGGCUCGGAAAUGUACUUCAAUGGUGCUACUGGAGAAUACGUUGGCAAGUCUAGGGAUCGAAUCAUGCUGAAGCCCAUGAGACUCCAUCAUAAGCAGGAUGAGGUGAUGCUUGAGCCCAAGAAGCGAGCCCAUAUUCUUGAUCAAGUUCACGCGAUCAACGAAGAGCGAGCCAAGCAGGCUGGAGAGACUACCUCUGGGGCUCCUGUUGACUCUGUUGACUCUGUGGAUCUCGAGGUUGCUGCUGCUGCUGUCACUGCGGCCUCUAUUCAGGAUCCUGACACUGCUGCUUCGCUCGAUGUCACCAUGGAGGAUGUUUAA